UGUAUCCCGAUACUAUAUAGAGCUCAACCCCAGACCCGUCGAGGUGCGCAGGCCGUCCUCAUGGCUAACCCACGCCACGAAGCCGUCAAGAACGACCUGCUGGAGGCCGUCAAGAGCCGCGAGAGUGGCGCCUACCUGGACGAGAUCGACUCCUUCCUCAAGCAAAAGAAGAAGUACUGCGCCGACGACGUCAACCUCGCCCACCAGAUCCUCGACGUGUGUCUGGUCAGCGACAUCUUCGAGAAGGAGCUGGACGACGUGAACGGCCGCCUCAAGGAGAAGUACACGCUGAGCAACGAGGGCGCCGAGCUCAGGGUCAAGACGAAGAAGAAGACGACGGUGAAGAAGGGGAAGGCGAAGCGCUACAAGAAAGUUCCGGCCGACAAGGAGUAGGCCUAGAGACGGCGCGGCGGAUGUCCAUAAUUGGUGUUCAGUUGAAGGAGCAGCCCUUCGGUAUUCAAGGACGACCUUCCAUGGAUGGGCCUCGAGACGGGAAAGUCUUCAGCAGGAUAAGGACCUCCUCGCACCAAGGGUCGGCGUAGGAGCAGCGGAGAGCCAGGGUGCUUCGUCCAAGAACUGAUCAUGGAUUUAGUGACAUCCGUGCUGUGAUGUUUUGGCGCGGGAGAAACUGUGGGGGUGUUCUUUCUUGUCUUUUUUUUUCUUUUUUUUUUCUCCAUGUCUCUCUCUCUGUCUCUUUCUCCUUCUAUUUCUG